GGGAAGGAGGGGCCGGUGACAGUGCGGAGCUCCUGCCAGUGUCCGCGCCUCGGGAGCGGCCGGACGGAAGAGAAGGUUCGCCAGACGCCGGUCGGCUGCCCGACCUUUCGGACUCAAAGCCGAGCUGAACGGCCGCGGCUUCUGGUUGGUCGGGGAGGCGCUGCGGCCACCUCAGGAAGAUGUUUAACGUGGAGUCCGUGGAGCGGGUGGAGCUGUGCGAGAGCCUGCUCACUUGGAUCCAGACCUUUAAUGUGGAUACACCAUGUCAGACCGUGGAAGAUUUAACGAAUGGGGUGGUGAUGUCCCAGGUUCUUCAAAAGAUAGAUCCUGCAUAUUUCGAUGAUAAUUGGCUAAACAGAAUCAAAACUGAAGUAGGAGACAAUUGGAGGUUAAAGAUAAGUAAUUUAAAGAAAAUUUUAAAAGGAAUCUUGGAUUACAAUCAUGAGAUUUUAGGACAGCAGAUUAAUGAUUUUACCCUUCCUGAUGUGAACCUUAUUGGGGAGCAUUCUGAUGCAGCAGAGCUCGGAAGGAUGCUCCAGCUCAUUCUCGGCUGUGCUGUGAAUUGUGAACAGAAGCAAGAGUACAUUCAAGCCAUUAUGAUGAUGGAGGAGUCUGUUCAGCAUGUUGUCAUGACAGCCAUUCAAGAGCUAAUGAGUAAAGAGUCUCCUGUCUCUGCUGGAAAUGAUGCCUAUGCUGAUCUGGAUCGCCAGUUGAAGAAAACUACAGAGGAACUAAACGAAGCUUUGUCAGCAAAGGAAGAAAUUGCUCAAAGGUGCCAUGAAUUGGAUAUGCAGGUUGCAGCACUGCAGGAGGAGAAAAGUAGUUUAUUGGCAGAAAAUCAGAUAUUAAUGGAACGACUCAAUCAAUCAGAUUCUAUAGAAGAUCCCAACAGUCCAGCAGGAAGAAGACAUUUGCAACUUCAGACUCAGUUAGAGCAGCUGCAAGAGGAAACAUUCCGACUAGAAGCAGCAAAAGAUGAUUAUCGGAUACGCUGUGAAGAGUUAGAAAAGGAAAUCUCUGAGCUUCGGCAGCAGAAUGAUGAGCUAACCACCUUGGCAGAUGAAGCUCAGUCUCUAAAGGAUGAAAUAGACGUUCUCAGACACUCUUCUGAUAAAGUGUCCAAACUAGAAGGUCAAGUCGAAUCUUAUAAGAAGAAGCUGGAAGACCUUGGGGAUUUGAGGCGGCAGGUUAAACUCUUAGAAGAAAAGAAUACUAUAUACAUGCAGAACACUGUCAGUCUAGAGGAAGAAUUAAGAAAGGCUAAUGCAGCCCGAGGUCAGCUUGAGACAUACAAGAGGCAGGUUGUAGAGCUGCAAAAUAGAUUAUCCGAUGAAUCAAAGAAAGCAGAUAAAUUAGAUUUUGAAUAUAAGCGGCUAAAAGAAAAAGUUGAUGGUCUUCAGAAAGAAAAAGAUAGGCUAAGAACAGAAAGGGAUUCUCUGAAGGAAACCAUUGAAGAGCUCCGUUGUGUCCAGGCUCAGGAGGGGCAGCUCACCACUCAAGGGUUAAUGCCUCUGGGAAGCCAGGAAUCUUCAGACAGCCUCGCAGCAGAGAUUAUUACACCCGAAAUCAGGGAGAAACUUAUUCGUCUACAGCAUGAGAAUAAGAUGUUAAAAAUCAAUCAAGAGGGCUCAGACAAUGAGAAAAUUGCCUUAUUGCAGAGCCUUUUAGAUGAUGCAAACCUACGCAAGAAUGAACUGGAGACAGAGAACAGGCUGGUGAAUCAGAGACUUCUAGAAGUACAGUCACAAGUAGAAGAACUGCAGAAAUCUUUGCAGGAUCAAGGCUCAAAAGCAGAAGAUGCUAUUUCAGUUCUUCUAAAAAAGAAGCUUGAAGAACAUCUAGAGAAGCUGCAUGAAGCCAACAAUGAAUUACAGAAAAAGAGAGCCAUAAUUGAAGAUCUCGAGCCAAGAUUUAAUAACAGCUCCUUAAGAAUUGAAGAAUUGCAAGAAGCUUUACGGAAGAAAGAAGAAGAAAUGAAGCAAAUGGAAGAGCGCUAUAAAAAGUACUUGGAGAAAGCCAAAAGUGUUAUUCGUACAUUAGACCCUAAACAGAAUCAAGGAGCAGCACCAGAAAUACAAGCUCUUAAAAACCAACUGCAGGAACGGGAUCGACUGUUCCACUCAUUAGAGAAAGAAUACGAGAAGACGAAGAGUCAAAGAGACAUGGAGGAGAAAUACAUUGUUAGUGCCUGGUACAAUAUGGGAAUGACUCUACAUAAAAAGGCGGCUGAAGAUAGACUAGCUAGCACAGGUUCAGGGCAGUCAUUUCUAGCAAGGCAAAGGCAAGCAACCAACACAAGAAGAUCCUAUCCAGGCCAUGUCCAGCCAGCCACAGCAAGGUAGAGAGGUCUCGCCAUUAGGGAUUUUUAAAAGGCAUACUUCUGUUACAUAUAACAUUUCAGGAAAUCCAGCCGGCUUCGUUUGUUCUCUCCUGUGUUGAUAUUUAGUGUUUCUCACGUGAGGAUCUCUCUUGCAUCUUUUAGUUUCUUUGUCCUUUAUGGUCUUUUCAGUUUCUUUUAAUGUGCCAAAAAUUUGUAAAUGUACAAUUAAAAACGUUGUAUAAUAGUGUAAUACUUUUCUUUGUAUGAAAAUGUCUUCUUCCCCAUUUGUGUGGGCUUUGUAAAGAAUCAGAUUUUCUGCCAAUAAUUGAUACACAAUUUAUAUUCUUUAUCGUGCCUACUGUGUUACCAUACUUUAUAAGAAUGUCUUUGUUUAAAGGGAAUUAAUCUUUUUAUGGUGUAUUAAUCUGUGUUUUCAGUUGUUUUUCAAAUGCACUUCAGAUAACUUCAAUACUUACUGUACUAUCCAGAGUGGUGUCGAGAGCACUUGUGCAGAGGCCGUAGUCAGAUCGUACGGCACCUGGCAGGGUCGCUGGGAGGGAAGAAAGAAGUUUUCAUGUUGUUUUACUAGAAAUUAAACUUACUCUAAGAUUUGGAGUUUAUUUUCAGAACAUAACUACUUCCUGCUGUCAUGUUUGCUGGCAGAAGUGGAAUUGGUGAAGAGGUUUGGGUAGACAUUACAGAGGAUAAAAAAAAAUUGGCAGGCUUUUUUUUCUUCUUUUGAAAUAUUUUAGUAGUUAAGAAUCAGAUUCUAGCCACACACUUUUAAUUGCUUUCCACAUGUAAAAGAUUUAUUUUUCAUAUAGGUAGCCUUCUCUUUGGGGCAGUUCUUUGACUUAUACCUUAUAUGUUUUAUAUAUUCUGUAAGCCUUCCCUUUUCUCAAUCUUGAUAGCUAACAUCUUAAUACCAUUAAUUAAGAUCAGUACAUGCCUUUUGUGUGUAAUAUUAUGAUAGAUCUCUUUACAGUGUUCCCUAACUCUACCUAUGAGUCCAAGAGUUGGUAACUGGAGAGAUUUUGGGGUAUUUGGUUGUUGAAAUUGCUUACAUUAUAUGCCACAUUUAUUUACAUAGAUGAAUGCCUGCUAAGCAGUCGCUGGGAAGCACUUUGUCUAUAUAAGGUAUCAUAUAAUUUUAAACUAUCAUUCACUUGAAAAUGAUAUACCUUUUGUCUUUCUCCAUAUUGAUUUAUGUAUUUGAUCCCAGGUAGUAUUUAUGGUUUCUUCCAGCCUUUUUCUUGUUCCAAACCACAUUUUUCAAAAGAAAAAAGAAAUCUGGAAUCUGGUCAGAGGGUUAUUUUGUUUGUGUUUAGGUAUGUCAUCUAGUGGAGGAUGUUAUUUUAUGUACUUGCUAUUCAAAGUGCUGAUGUUACUUAGGUCUGUAUAAAAGACAAAUAACUUUAAUUCCAGUUUAAUGUGAUUAAGACUUUUCAGAAACUAUAUGCAAGUGCUUCAUUUUAACUUCCUCCUCUUUUAUAAGAAAAUUGACCUAGAAAUUUGUCCUGCAUGUUUUGUUUUGUUUUUGUCAGACAGAGUCUUUGUGUAACCCAGGCUGUCGUGAACACAUGAUCCUCUGGAUUAUAGAUGGGAACCUCCAUACUCAGCUCUUAGAACCGUUCUUGAGGAAAGGUAUUAGAACACAGAGAAACGACACCGCAUCGUGCAGCAUUUCUUUAAAGAUAUUCACUGCGCAUGUCUGAGCACAGUAUGAGGCAUCCGCCUAGGCAGAACAUAAAGCAGCGAGACUUGGAAAUAGUGGAGAGAGCCGUGUGAGGACAGUGCACUGUGGGUGCAGGGCAAACAGACCUCAUCUUUUAGGUCUGGUUUUGUUUAUUUCAAGACAAUCUAGCUGUAUUAUCCAGACUUGCCUCAGAUCCUUUGACUGAAAGCCAUCCUCCUGCCUGUGCCUUCCAAGAGGCUGAAAUUAAGGUAUGUGCUGUCAUGCCUACAUGAUAUGUCAGGUUUGAAAAUAAAAGAUUAAAAUUGGGGCCAGCAAAAUGGCUCCGCUGGAAGAAUACUUGCCGCCAAGCCUGACGACCUCAGCUCGUGAGAUUCCUGGGGUCCAGGUGCUGAGGGAACAAGCUACUCCCAAGGAUUGUCCUCUGACCUCCAGACUCACACAAGUUUAGGUACACACACAUAAAUAUGUGUUAAAAGAUUAAAACUAGUUUAAAAUACUCUUACUUCAUCUUUAGUUCACAGAAUAUCUAAAACUCAAGCACUUUUAAAGAAACAAAUUAGUCUAUGAUCCAUACUCUUAAUAAAAUACUACUUUUUGAGAAGUUAUGCUUGUAGAACAAAGAGGAUGUGAAAGCAGGAGACUCUGGAAGCCACUUUUCAGCUAGGUUUACCUGUGAGGUAAAAACAUCUCAACGUUUUGAUUUUCUGUUUACUUGCCCUCUCUAUGUGCACACCCACUUACCCAGAUAUUUUCUCUAGAUGUUUUGGAAAUGCCUCAAGCUUUCAGAAGGAAAUUUAGCUUCUGAUUUUCAUCAGCAUCUGCUGUGUGCUAAUUUCAGUGUUUAUAACCUUCGCUUUGUUUGUUGUCUGUAUCUUUAAUGUUUGGUGGAUUUCACUCAGUAAAUGGAAGAAAUAUCUUGUGGUAUUUCAGAAUAAAAUAAAGUAUACUUUCAUAAGAAACAGCAUCCGAACAUAUACUUUAGGCAUCAUAAAGCCAAGAAUAAGCCUAAAUAAAGCAGUGGCAGCUUUUCCAUUGCGUGGUUUAGGUCAGGACUUAGGGGACUACAGUUUCUCCGUCCGUCAUCAGGAAUGUUGCGGGUACUCUGAUGAUGAUGUGUGGUCUCCCUAGAAGUUAAGAGGUCAGUGAUGCUGGGCUGUGUCUUCACAGGCUGCUUUUACGGUACUUCCCUGAAGCCUCCUAGCUUGUUUUCUGAAGCCUCCUAGUUUGUCCUGGCAAUACAAGAGAAUGAGGACAGUGGGUCAGUGUCCUUGUAUCAGGUUGAGAGAAGCUGUUGCCAGCAUCUGAAUUCUUGUAACAAGCUUAUUUUUUGUGCCAUCUAUCCAGGGUUAAAAAAAAAAAAAAGCCAAAGAAAACUACUUAAAAAAAUGACCAUUUAUGUCCCACAUUAUACAUUUAAGAUUAGAACAGGAAAACAGUCCAGUAAAUGUAAUUUAGUUUCUUGCAUCGGAAAUGAAAAUAACUAAUAUAGUUGCACAUAUUUUAAUUUAAUUUUAAAAACUGGGACUAGAGAGUUGUCUCAGUAUUUAAGGGCAUUUAUGGUUCUUCCCAAGAACACAGGUUCAGUUCCCAGAACUGAAAUGAAAGGUCAUAAUAACCAACCUUCUGUAACUGCAGUUCCAAGGAAUCUUAUACCCUCUUCUGACCUCCACAAUCACCAGGCACAUGCAUGUGUACAUGCAUGCAUGAA